CCGGUCGCAAUACGCUCGCAACAGUCGCCACAGUGCACAGACGCAUCGCUGCGUUCCGUAACCGGUGUACACCGCGUCUGCUCUCCGAAACCGAUUGUCGUGUGCGUUCUCAUAUUUUUUUUUUUUGUAUGCCUUCAAUAAUAUUUAAAUAUUCCUCUAGUGCCAUCGUUAUACGGUCCUAUAGGUUUAUACGAAAGCCGCUGUUCUAUGUGUUUUUGUAACCGUUUCUGAAUAAUAAUAAUAAAAACGUUUUUUCCGCCGUGCGUAAUACGCCGCUCGCAGUCGAAUUUUACAUCAAACCUAAUAGCACAGGUAUACGCGUGACGUUCCCGAAUCGGCAAUAAUUGUUUACGGAGACAUUUUACUAUAAGUUGUGAGUGCGUUUUGGUUUUUACUCGAUUUAUUCGCUUCGACCAGAGUUUUCCCGCGCCUUCUGCCGGACCAGGUUCGACAACAUUCGUUCAAAAUUGGCCGCAUCAAGCAGAAUCCGGUUCGUGUAGCCACUGGCGAAACGGCUGCGCACGAUUUGUUAAAUACCGAUUUGCCAAUUGACUGUAUGAAAAUGACAAUGGACGCCACGGAUAGCGCAAGACUUGGCUUGAACUUGAAUUUGAGCGUACAACCUCAAUCAUACCAUUGGAUUCAAUCACCGAAGGGUACUGAUGACGAGGAUGAGGAUGACCGUAGAAGAGUGGAUGAUGAUUGUUCACCGGAAGAAGAACCGGAUAUCCUGGAAAUGCAGAGAGAAGAACGCGAAACCCUUAAUCAAUUGGCUCGUCGUUUGGCAAAUGGGCCACACGGACUUAUGGGUGGUCACACCGCGUCCAUGAUACAACAUUUGGUUUACCGUCAUCCUAAUGGAAUGCCUUUAUCCGAUCAGAUAGUCAUGCCAAUACCCUCUAGACGACCGGGCAAUAUAGAAUCACCACCAGGAUCCAGUCGAUCAGGUGAUACACCUCUUGGUCAUGAAUAUACAUCGGAAAACGAGUCAUCUCUGUUAGCCAGAAAAGGUGAAGCACAAUCGUGGACUUUUGAAGAACAAUUUAGACAGCUAUAUACUGCAGGCAACGAAACGGACAGACGUAGUUUUCUCGAUUCACUGUUCAGUUACAUGCAGGAACAAGGGACUCCGAUAAGCCGAUUACCAAUCAUGGCUAAACGUGUGUUGGACCUGUACACGCUGUACAAGUUAGUCGUACAAAGAGGAGGAAUUGUGGCGGUCAUAACUAAAAAAUUGUGGCAAGAAAUUAUUCGAGGCUUAGGCUUACCGCCGUCCAUCACUAGUGCAGCUUUCACGUUGAGAACACAAUAUGUCAAGUACCUGUACGCGUACGAAUCGAAAAUGAAUCAGUUCAGUUCGGUGGACGAACUGAACAUGGCCAUAGCUGGAAAUCGACGCGAGGGCCGCCGGAACAAGUCUCUGAUGUCCGAUUACAUGCCCGCGCUUCCGGCGACCACGAUCGCAGGCCACCUGCAUCACCACGGGCAAUUGUCGUCGGCGGUGCACGGCCAACAUCACCACAAUCACCAGCAACAACAGCACCAUCAUCAGCAGCAGCAACAGCACCAUCAGCAACAGCAACAGCAACAGCACUACGCCAACGUGCUGGCCGCCGACGAUCGGUUCCGUCACUUGGCCGCCGCAAUAAUAGACAAUAACAGACACCGCGCCGCCACGGAACAGGUCAGACAGCAGCCGUCGUCCUCGUCGUCGUCGCCGCGGCCAGGCAGUCCGAUGCAACGGCUGUCCCAACUGCAGCCACCGCCGCCGACCGCAGCGGCCGAAUCGUCGCCGUUGUUCAACGGCCACCAGCUGCAAUUGCCGCCGUACCAGUCGGCCACGAUGAUGGCCGCUGCAGCGCAUCAGGUAGCGGCCGCCGGUGACAGCAGCAAACAGAGAGAAAUUCUCAGUAUGUUGAUGUGGAUGGAUUUAAUGAGAGUUAAUCAAACAGCUAUGCCUAGACUAUCAAUACAAAACUUGCAACAAUCAUGCAACCCGUCACCGUAUGCCACCGUACCAGCCGCGAUGAAUUUGCAACGUCAGUCUCCGGUCGCAUUGCAUUCAAAUAACGGACCGGAACAAUGUGAGGCGUUGAAUUUAGGCAAAAAGGAUCAAGGGACGAACAACAAUAACGCGGGUGAAAACGAGGAUGAGCCGGAUCAAAAACGUAUCAAAAAAGAACGGUCGCCACGAGCUAUCGUGGUUAGUCGUCCCGUCAGUCCCAAAACAAGCCCAGAACGUUUUCCGGCACCAACCGGAAGCAGCCCAAUACGGGAGUCGGCUACAUCGCCUGAACGGAAUGACGACAACCAAGCAAUGGAGAGCAACGGAACGAUCGAAAUGGACAUAGACGUGUCGGCCGGUACGCCUAGCGGUCUCAAAAUAAACGUUUGUAAAAAAACAAAAAAUGGGAUCUACAAAGGUCAACUUAUCAAAGUCGAAUCAGAAUUAAAUGGAGAAACGAAGAACACUAGACCCUUUAUUUUGCGCCUCAAUGGUGAACUCUACACAGGAUGCCUACAACAACAAAGCAGUCUUGAUAAUCAUGACGACCAACAUUCUAAUUAAAACAGAAAACGUUGUUAAGCACAAUGAAUGAUUUUUUUCCUGUAAAUAUAAUAUUAAAUAAUAGCUUAGAAAACAAUUAAGCAACAUAAAUAAAAUAUUUAAUAUUAAUAGAAUAGGUGCGUAAUAUUAUCUAUUCAUCAUCAUAUUAUAAAUAAUAAACUUAUAAAAAUUAAAUAUUAAUGUAGUUAAAUCCAAUAAUGGUUUCAGUUAUUUUUAGUUUAAGAUUAUAAUUGGUCAUACUAUAUGUUUGUUUGUUUUAAAACUACUUUUUUUUAUGGAAAAUAAGUGAUUUGCUAAUAUAAUUAAUAAUUAUACUAUAGAAUAGUUUAAAAAAUAAAUAUUUAUUAUUAUAGUUAUUACGCAUAAUAUAUAUUUGUAUAUAAUAUAUAUAACCCAUAUUACUGCGAGUAGGAGACUUAAUAUUUUUUUACGUUCUUUUUUAAAAUAUAUUUGUAUUAUUAUUAUUAUUGUAAAUAUAGUGUGUAAAUUGUGAGUACUUCAAAUUAAUUUUAAGGCUGUGCAUUCUUUAGAUCUCGUCCUAAUGGGAAAACCAACAACAUAAUGCGUCUUGUAAAAUACAUGUACUUUUUUGGAUUUGAAUAUUAAUCAGUAUUAGCAUCGAUGUAUAAUGAUUGAAUAAAUUACAGUUUUUUUUUUUAUUAUGAUUAUAUAUAUAUUUAGAAAUAUGA